CUCUCGUCCAAAGACGACUGUUGAAUUGGCAGAGCAGGCAUCUCUAGCCAAACAGCAAGAAAAGCUGGCCAACUAUCAACAGCAAGUGAGAACAAAUCAGGCUCAGGGUUAUUCUCAUACCAAUCAGCGUUUACCAAAGAAUAAUCAGCAGCAAUUUUUAGCAUCAGCGCCUAAUCAACAAAUUUUAAUGUCACAAAAGCACUUACAACAGCAAAACAACUCUUUCAAUGUAAAUAAUUGCCAUCAGAGUUCUAGUCUUACACAUAAUCAAGCCCUCCCUUUGCCACCAUCUGAUGAACUAUCUGGUUCAAUCACAGGAAUUGAUGACACUAUAAUUAAAGAGCUUCUGCAAGAUUCUGGUAUUUUGGCCAACACAUUUCCUGAUAUAGAAGUAG